UGGGAUGGAAUACAGAAUGUUCCCCAAAUUGUUUCCAUGGAACAGCUGAUAGCACAUAGAACACUAGUAUUUGCUGUGACAUGAUAAAGCUCAAGGCCAGAGAUGCCUUGUGGGGCUCCCAAGUACUCCAAUCUCAAGUUGUAUGCCCUCCACUCACUAAUUGACUCCUCUGGCUGUGAUCGAGCUCUGAAAGGGAAGGAGGCUAAUUCAAAUGGGAUGGCCCCAAAAUAAAAGGAAUAGUGUGCAUUUAUACCAGGAUAUGGACUAUACCUGCUUACAGUACCCUUUAUGCAAUCUCCAGUUCAUUAACUCUAGUAGAUAUUGUGAAGAUACUAUCAAAAAGAGGUUAUAUUCCCCCAAAUUAGGGAAGCCCUAAGGGAUUCUGUAUCUCCUUUUUGCAGAGAGUUUGUUAGAAAAUCAGAUACUGGUCUGAGAAAAAUGCUGAUUUGGAUGGUCAAGAGACUAAAAAAAAGUACUUUAAAACGUCAGAAUGAAAUCAUUGAAGGCAAUCCUUAGCUUUAUGUUGUGCUGUACUCCUGGACAAGAUGGUGAAGGCAGGUGGCAAAGCAUGGCAGGGAAUACUUUCAGAAGGUUCGUGGAAUCCAGGAAGAAAAUUCCUUGGGAAACUUUGGACCGGAUUCUCAAUAAACCCUUCAGAGAGACUUAAAGCUGUUAAAAGACCUUUUGGGAAAGUGAUCCAGGGGGGCCUCCACUUUGUUUCUCUGGAUAUUUCUCUGUUGAAAUAUAGGUGUCAAACACGUCCCAUUUUAGAUGCUCUUCAGACUUCAAAACAUUACCUUCCUGCUUUCGGGGAGCCAUUUCAUCAGCUUUUGUACUGUGUAUUCACUGUGGACCCUGCUGUUAUGCAAGGUACCACCAUGGCUAAAAAUUCACAAGACCAUUCUUAUUUGCACUGAUUUUUUUUUUAUUUGAUCUUUCACAAUGUUGCUGCUUCUGUUUCAAAAACGUCUCAAACGUCUUUGAUUUGAUUGCAGCUGGAUUCAAGGAUACCCAAAGCCAAGUUUGAUCCUGAAUUCCCCAAAUCAAAAGUUGUUUCAUUUCAGAUGAAUGUUCUAUACCUGGCCAUAAUAAUGAACAGCAACCAUUACUAGAACAUGCUUUUGAUUUUUUUUAUUAACAGUCAUUUUUAUGAUUUGGAAACAUAAUUAGAAGAUUCCUAUUCCAGACUACAAAUCAAUGGAUUUGAUUCUACUACACAUUUGUCAGUAAAGAGCAAUGGUAUCAAA